GCCUGUCUCUCAUCAGUCGUGUAUCCAUUCAGUCGAGUACGAUCGUUGACCGCGUCGAGACGCCUACUCCCGGUUCGUCGUCGUUUGUUCUGCGCGGUUCCACACCCCCUCUGUUCACCAGGUCGAGAGCACUGCAAAAAAGGGCCAAUGUUUUUGUUUUGGGGCGAAAGCUUCGUGAAAAAGCUUCGUCGUUAAGGUGACACGCAUUACGUCGCGCGUUAAGGUGAAACGUGUCAGCAAGUGACGGAAUUUGCCAGUGUUUACUUUGAUUAUAUCACGCGUUGAGUUAGGGGGAGCCUUCGUAGACUGCUCGCGAGCAACAAUAUUGUAUUGUUUUGGGUAGCUCGCGCGUAUGCAGCGCAAAGUUGGGGCUCUGCUGGCAGUGUUGGUGCACGGGUUGUGCGGGAAUGUGUUUGUGAGAUUGCGCACGGGGCACCACCUCAUUAAAAAAAUCUCGGCGCGAAUGAGAUUGAGGAAGUGUCUGCGGAGGUGUGCCAAUCGACGUAUUGGUAACUGAAAGAAAAACAAAAGCGUUGAAAGGGAUUAGCGAAGAGGCACAAAGAGAAGAGUGUGGGACAGCUGCAAACAUACAUAGGCGUAAAGGUUAAUGCACAGUCCGUGUAAAUCGGUAUUGGUAAAUACGGCGAUAAAGGUGUCGAGCUAAAGAUCAUCGUCAACGUUGGCGUGUUGUUUUCGGGAAGUGACUCGACAUCAGACCAGUUGCCAAGAUGGCUAGACAAUACCAGCGUGGCCACCCCAACAACCCCCUUUCCUCCGAGCAGCCAUUGAUUCGAUCAAACGCCGAAAUAAUUAGCCCCAGCGAUGGCCUCAACGCUUGCGUCCCCACCAUCAGCCGCCGGGUCAACGGUGACUCCGCAGUCGGUUGUGGUUCUUCGCGCGCCGGAACCGCCGUCCGGUGCUGGUGAAAAGGUGGCCGAAGUUCGUACCGGGCUGAAGACCCUUUCGAACGAUCUGGGCGAACUGCUGGUUCGCAACCUGAGCCUCAAGCGGAACGAAGAAUUGGUCGGUGAGGUAGAACAGAACAACGGUGACAGUGUGAGCUUGAUCGGGAAGAAUCGGGUGAAUAACCGGAACUCGUUGUGCGACACGUUCAGUUCGGUGAACAAGCUGAUCAAGCUCAAGCGGGUCUCGAGUGAUUUGAGCGGGUACGGCGGUGGGAAGAGUUUGGGAGGGAGUGAUGUGCACAGCAUAAAUCCGCCGCCACAGGCCAAGUUCAAGCGGGUUGAAGUUUGUGUGCAGGAGUUGCCUAGGGAGUUGGUGGCACCGCGGAAGAGUGUCAUAGUGAAUCAGUUUGACCAGCUGGAGCUGGAUGAGGGCGGUGAACCACUUGUGAUAGAUCAAGCUAGCAGUGAGCUACCGAAGGUAGAGGAAGGAAUUGCUCGAAGAAUCCCGGGAAUUGAGUCUAGUGAAAGUGUUGGGAAAGUAGUUCGUCGUCGGGCUCACCACCCUGCCAAGGGCGGCAGGGGCUCAACGCUGGAGUCCGUUGAGGAAGAGCAGCAGCGGUACAACCGGAGAAGCUUGCAGUGGCCACUGGGCCUGGGGGAUUGGGGCACGGAAGUGAAAAUUGUCGGCCAACAAGACGAAGAAGAGGAGGAAGAAUUUUCGGGUGAUAACGGGGAGGAACGCAGGGGAAGAAACCGGAACCACUUUCGGCACUCGUGGAACGCGCCCGGAUACGAUCUGCUGCUGGACGAGGAGCGGCGCAGCGGAGAGGAUUCCAGGAGGGACUUUGCAUCGAUCGUGCACAACCUGGCUGGCCUACGGAGCGCCCUCACCAAUGGGGGAACCGCCCACCUUCACCAUCACCCCCAGAACCAGCAUGAGUCGGCGUCGCUGCUGGAGUCACCACACUCGCCUCAAAUCACCGCCGGAUCCGGCAACGGUGGCGGAGGACCCAAAUCUACCCCGGUGGUGGCGGUACCGGCUUCCGGCUGUGUCGUUCCACCCUCAUCGGUAGUUCCGGGCGAGGGUUCGCACGUGCCAGUUUCGCUCGGAGGUCCCGUUCCGCGCAAACGUCGACUGGAGGCAUUUCUCAAAAGUCUGGUCGGCCGGCGACCCUCGAAGGAACCUCCGCCGGCACCUCCCGCGGCGCCGCCACCCCCACCGACUGCUGCAAUGACUCCUCCUCCGUUGCUUCCCUCGCCGGAGAUUAAAAUCAGCAGAAGCCCCUCGGAUCACAACCUGGCCGAGAUGACGCGAAGUCGACUGAACAUUUCCACCACUUCGCUCAGCUCGGUCCAUCAGCGGUUGUGGUCCGUGGUGCCACUGCUGAAGAAGGACGUCAGCUGCACCAGUCUGGCCCCGCCCAAGUCGGUUCCGCUGCUGGGCGGGGGUUCCUCCUCCUCGCCCCCAACCGGAAUGCGCAAGUGUGAAACGGUCCUCGCGUUAACUCACUCCAUGCAAACGCUUGAGCAGCAGCCGAUCCAACCGAAGAAUCGGCUCCGCAAUUGUGCUUCGGUGGCCACGUGCUCCCGUUGUUCUAGUCUUCUAUCGCUGGCCGCGGCCGGUUCCCGCUACUCGCUGAACCUGUCCAACGGCGGGUUCGUGCCGGUUCCCGGUGGAACUACUCAAACCACCACCACCACCAACUCGGGUGGCACCGGCAAGCACGUCGGCAGCUUGCUUCGACUGGCCUCCACCAAGGGCUCCGGAACGUCCUCGUCCUCCUCGUGCUCGGCAAACUCGUCACCGUGUGCUUCCUCGUCGUCCUCCUCGUCGCUGUCGAAAAGCAGCACCAGCAGCGGAAGCCGGACGUCCGUUACGUCCAAGGCGGCCAUGCUGGGGGCUGGCAGUGUUCCCGAAAGUAGUAGUCCUUUGGUGGCGGUGGCGACGCUGUCCAGGUUUACCUGCAAGCUGUGUUUGGGCGAGUACGGAUCGGAGAACCUGACCCGGAUUUCGCAGUGCGGGUGCUCGUUCUGCACGGAGUGCAUGACGGCGUACGUCGAGUUCGAGAUCUCCGAGGGUGCGUACGAGGUGUCCUGCCCGGAUGCGAUGUGCCCCGCCCAGGGCAUCAUCACGAUCAGUGAAAUCACGACACUGGCCUCGGCCUCGCUGGUGGAAAAGCACCACCGGUAUCGACUGAACAGGGGUAAGUUCCAUCUGAGGGGCAUCAUGCAAUUAUUUUAA